AAGAUAACAGAAUCUUUCUCAAUUUCUUCUUCUUCUUGUCGUUCGAUCUAGCUCGAAUCCUACUAGUUUCUCAGCGAUCACCGGAGUGAUGGAAACGCCGACUCACGAAGCCGAUGAGUUUAGAUCGGAGUUUCUCCUUCUUCUUCGUAGUCGACGAUCAGCCCAAGUUCCAUUGGUAGUGGAUAGUUCGAAGCCAGUGGAAAAUCCUAUAUUUCAAUCUCCUGUUCCAUCUUCAGAAGCUUUAGAGUCUUGUCCAAGGGAACACAUUGAUAACUUAAAUGACAAGCUUAAAGAGGAAAACCUUCAUUUGCACACUGAGGCUGCAGAGCAAGGUAGAUUGCCACUGCUUAUUUUAAGCUUGAAGGAGAGCAGUAACCAAAGAAGGCCAGCGAUUGUGUUUAUGCAUGGCACAAACGCAAACAAAGAAUGGUUAAGGCCAUGGCUUGAAGCAUAUGCUUCACGGGGAUAUGUAGCCAUCGGUUUAGACUCUCGCUACCACGGCGAACGUGCUGACUCCAAAACUGCCUAUCAAGAUGCUCUUAUAUCAUCUUGGAGAAAUGGAGACACAUUGCCUUUUAUCUUUGAUACUGUCUGGGACUUGAUCAAACUAGCUGAUUAUCUUACUCAGAGGGAAGAUAUAGACCCAAAAAGGAUAGGAAUCACCGGUAUUUCACUAGGAGGGAUGCAUGCUUGGUUUGCUGCUGCAGCUGACACUCGCUAUUCCGUGGCUGUCCCUUUAAUCGGUGUUCAGGGAUUUAGAUGGGCAAUAGACAAUGAUGCGUGGCAGGCAAGAGUCGACAGUCUAAAGCCUGUAUUUGAAGAAGCAAGGAUUGAUAUGGGAAAGAACGAAAUCGACAAAGAAGUGGUCGAUAAGGUGUGGAACAGAAUAGCUCCUGGCUUAGCAUCUAUGUUUGAUUCGCCAUACUCAUUACCAGUGAUUGCACCACGGCCUCUUUACGUCCUUAAUGGUGCGGAGGAUCCUCGCUGUCCUCUUGGAGGACUAGUUGUUCCUUUAAAGAGAGCUGAGAAGGCGUAUAGUAUAACUGCUUCUCCUGAAAAUUUCAAGUUCAGAGCAGAAGAUGGAGUUGGACACGAAGUGACGAGGUUUAUGAUCAAAGAAUCAUCCGAUUGGUUUGACAAAUUCCUCUAACAAGGAGACACCACUUCUGAUAAAAACUGAUGAACAUGUUCAUAUGUUGUAACAUCAAUAAAAUUGUAAACCAAUAAAUUCAUGUUUAUAAGAAAGAAACAUCUCCUUGUAACAUUACAUGUAUCUUUUUAAACAAUGUAUUUCAUUUUCAUU